AUGACGAAGCAGGUCCAUGAAAAGAAAGGGAUUGCAUUGGAGGUAUCAGAUUCUGAAGACUCGUAUAAUAGCACCAAUAGGUGCCACAGCCACGGUCGGCGAAAGGGUCUCCCCACCACCAAGGUCCCUAACUUUACUCCGUCAAUGCUACCUCCAACUGCUGUGAAAUAUCGAACUGUAAAGCGAAGAAACAGAAUUCCCCAUAGAGCCCCUAUCGAACUGCAGCAACAACAGAGCAAUCGAGAGAUUGAAGGAGGGAUUGCAGUGGAAGGGAAAAGAUGUGGAGCCAUUGAUGGGGCUAUUCAUUUCAUCGAAGAGUCAUUACGAGGAAGAUGGAGGGGUACACAGGUCAAAUGA